UGACCGGCGACCUCGCUGCAAUCCCGUCUGUGCCGGCGGGGGUCGCUGUGCCAGAGCCCGAAGUCAGCUCUCCGUUCGCGGCUGAGCGCAGGGGAGGCGUCUCUCGGGCCGGAAGCCGAGGGAGAUUUGAAAGUUUUCUUCAUGAAUUUGGGGACGAUGGAGCUGCAUCUGGAGGUGAUGCUGGUGACCAGUAUCAAGCGCAGGAAGCCGUGGCCGCGGUUCUGUUGGCUCGGACAGGAGAAGGAGGCUGUGUUCGUGCUGGACGACACAAGGAUCAGCGAGAUCGACAUGGCCUCAGGGAGGACCAAGAGAAGAACCCCCAAACUUCAGCCGCUUCUCCCCAGGGUGGUCGCCAUGGCAGCGUCCCACAACGGUGCCUGGCUGGCCGGCCUGCUUCUCUCUGGGGAGGUGUUUCUGUGGAAUAAGGACAGGGAUUUUAUAAAGACUGUGGCCCCCGUGCCGGCUGUGUGCGAAAUGGCCACCAUGGCUAAGGAGCGAUCCGUGACCCCAUCCUUGCUGGUCUCGGGUGACGGCCGCCGGCUGCUUCUGGCUGCCCUGACGACGCAGGUCUUCCUGUGGGAGUGUGUGGAUGCACGGGGGCUGGGAGGGCUGCGGGAUGGCGAGGCGAGGGGCCGCUGGGCUGAGAUCCUGCCUCCUGAAUGCCCGUCCCUGCCUUCGCUGAUGGACAGAGAGGCCUGUCUGCACUGUGCCUUUAUCCAGGGGGAGGCCCUGGGCGACUGCUGCCUGUCUGCAUUCGCUUACAUCGUGGGGAACCAGCUGGGUGUCACCUUCCUGAAGAUUUGCUGGGAGGAGAGUCCCGAGCUCCGGCACAGUCCGCAGGGGUACAGCGUGCGCUGGUCCACACAGCUGUACCCACUGGCCAGCCUGCAACCCCCCUGCCGCCCUGUGAAGUCCCGGGGGGCCCUGUUGUGUGCCCUGUCCCCCGACGGGCUGCUUUUGGCUGUGACCCUGAACCAGAGGGACCCCAGAGCCACCCAGGUUCUGUUCAUCAGCACCCAGAACCUUGUCUCUGUGCCCAGCUGGCUGGGGGGCUGCGGAAGCAGGGACCUGGCCAUCCCCGCCAAGUAUGUCAGGUCAUACUGGGUGGCGGAUGUGAGCUGGAGUGCAGGGGGGCUCUUCCUGGCCUGUGUGCUGAAGCGGGGGUCCCUGCUGCUUCUGGCUCGGCUGGGGGGGCUCCUGUCUCUCUCCACCUCGGGUUGCAGCGUGGAGCUCGGUCCCGCCCACUUCCUGCCCCUCCACCCACUGGUCACCUACAGACCCCCCCAGACCCAGCCGCAGGACGCUUCCCCGCCCAGUUCCUGUGCCUCUGCUCAGGACGUCCUGCGGCAGCGCUAUUCCGUGUCCUGGCACCCCCACUCGGCCUGCCUCGUCGUGUCUGAUGGCUACACGGCGACUGUCCUCUGCAUCCCCCGCCGGCCCUCUGCCGCUGCUCUCGUCGGCGCCCUCCUGUUGGACGCCAUGGAAGCCUUGGAGGUGUUCCGCCAGGGUGCGGUCGGCUCCCAGGGGCAGGAGGCACUGUCCACGCUUAAGCUGACGAGCAGCCUGCAGGAGAUCCGUGGGGGUGACGCGCUUGACACGGACCUGCCCCGCUUCCUCCUGGGGGGCGACUCGGGCACACAGGCCAAGGUGGACGCUGAGGACGACUCCGAUGACGAGGGCAGUCAGCUUCCAGGUCCAUGCGUGGAGAUGGAGGGGAGACUGGAGUUUGCCUCUAUGUUCGACACUCUUCAUGCUUAUCCUGACCAAUCCCACGACCUCACAGAGGCGGAGCCCGAAGCCCCACCCCUACUGGUCAAGCUGUCACAUGCCCGGAGGAGCCUGCUGACGGCCUGGGCGCUGGGUGUGUCACUGGGGGGCGUCAUGGAGCAUCGUGCUCGUCUGCUGAGAUACGCAGUGCGCUGUGCACUGCGGUACGCCGUUCUCCUGCGUCUCGCUCCUUUCUCAGCGUCCCGUGAGCCAGAGAUGGCGCAGGACACCUGGCUGUCUCGUGUUCUGAACCUGCUGCGAACCCUUCUCUACCUGCUAUCCUGGGACACGCCCCAUGUGGGUGGAGCCACCUGCUUGGGCGUGGCAGUGGAGCUGACAGAGCAGGUGGUGCGCCUGCUACUGUCACCUCAGGGUGGUGGUGCUGCUCCAUCCUCCUAUACCCUCUCCACUGCCCUGCUGGUUCUCACCCUGGCCUCCCAGAGUCUUGACCAAAUCUACUGGCUUCCUCAGAGAACCUGCUACAGCCUUCCUGAGCGCCAGGGAGCUCCAUCGUCUGUCCCUCUGUCUGAUGUCUUUUCUGUCCCAUUGCUGAGGGAGGCACAGUGGGACCCCCUUCAGAGGUUUUCCCAGAAUGCUCAGCUCAUGGGACGGCAUCCUUCCAGAAGGUUGCUGAGGGUGUGGCAGGAGCUAUACACGACGGCGCUGCAGUGUGCAGAUGGGCUGUGCUCCCAGCCAGGACAUGGCAGCUGUGAAGAGGAGCGGCACAGCAUCUCUGAUGUCCUGAACCAGGCUCAGUGGGUCCUGCAGGCGGCCGGAGCUGAGCUGGAGGGGGGCCCCACGCUGUACAGGGUCACAGGCGAGCAGCACUUCCUGAUGGGCUCAUAUGCAGACGGCGUCCAGGCGUGGAUCACCGACCUACUGGCGGACCGAGACGGAGCAGGGCCGCGCUCCUGCUUCCUGGAGACCCGGUACUGCCUGGCGCUGCUCUACAGCCUGCUCUUCCGGUACCGCUUGAGGGAGGCCCAGGGGUUCUGUGACCGGCUGGCCCAGAGGCUGGUCCGGAAAGCGGGGCUGGAGGUGGAGGAUGCGGCCCAUACAGGCGCCGCACAGGCAGAGUCGGCCCUCGCUGCCCGUCUGCAGCAGGUGAACAGCGAGGCCGUCUACGCAGUGGUGCAGUCACUUGGUAGGUUCAUGGCCUGCUACUUCACCAACCAACCGCUGGUCAUCAUGCCCCCCCACUGCGUGGACGUUCUGCCCCCCCUGCACCUGCCUCCAGCCCCUGGUCCGAGGCUCGUGCCCCUGAGUCAGAUCUCUGUCACGGAAGCGGUGCGGAGUCAGGAACUGUCGGGGGUGUGGACCGUGGGCUAUGCCCUGGACCUUCUCCUCCUGGGGGGGCUUCUUCCCGAGGCUGCAUGGUUCGCCCAUCACCUGGGAGACUGGAAGACGGCUGUCUCUCUGGGCGUGGCUUACACCACCUACUGUAGGGAUGAGACCCCCCUCACAGGGCUACGAUGGAAGGAACUGCACCUGCCAGGGGAACUGAACCCCAGACACAUACUGCAGGAGCAGCUGGAGUGCGUGCUAGGCAUGGAGGCACUGCGCGGCCAGCGGUGCUCCCAGGAAGAGGAGGACGAUCAGCUCCAGGCCUCAGUGCAGGACCUCCUCAGGGCAGCAGCCAUGGCUGGCCUGGACGUGCUGUCGCAGCCACUGCGCCACCUGGUGGACCGUGCCAGGGUGCUGGGGUCCUGCCUGUCCGCACUGGUGCCCGGUGGGCUGUACCUGCCUGCCCCACCGCUCUAUUGCCCCCAGCCUGCCCCAGACCCCGAUGACCCCACAGGAGAAGGGCCAUUGGCGCUGGAGUGGCUAUCCCGUCUGCAAGUGUCUGCCGUCCUGCAGAGGGCGCUGUUGCUCCUGAGGGCCGCUCGCUGCUGCGUCCCUGCUGCCCAGUGGUACACGACACAGCUGCGCUACUGCCGCCGGGUGAUGCGGAAGAUCCGUAGGGAUUGCUCUGAGGCUGCAGUCAGGUCCUUUCCCGACGGACUUAUGAAGUUCGUCUCCCCCAGUGGAUUUGUCAUACCUGGGUCUCCGAGGGAAGGGAUUCUGGACUCGGUGACCGUGGAGAUGAUGACAUGCUUCAGGGAGCUGUGUGGCUUCUGCUGGAUGCUCCAUGUUCGGGACCAGCUGUCAGUUUCCUGCAGGAAAUACCAGGCUGCAAGGAAUCAUGGGAUGGGCACACAGCUGGAGGCGUGUUGCGUGACCGCCCUGCGCUGGGGCUGCCGUCUCCUCCCUUUCGCUCGGUUCCUGAAUGCCGAAGAGGUCCUGCAGGAUGUGCUGCUCAGUCUGGCGUCUGCGCUGCCGCCUGUUCCCAUGCUGGCACAGGUGCUGUCCCAGGCCUUCCCGGCCCAGGAGGACUCAGUGCGGGUCUCCCUGAGGGAGAAGUACAGCUCCCUACUGCGGAGGCUUGGAGAGGACCAGGCAAUGGCCUCUCUGGUCGAGGAUCAGCUGAAGAAGAGCCGACGGAAUCGCAGUCGUGUAGCCAAGUGCCUCGGCCCCCUGCAGCGCCACCUGUGGGAGAGGGAGGAGGAGACAGGAGACUCUCUGGGGGCCAGCCUGAGCUGCAGUACACUGACGGACUGCGGGGACACGGCCGAUACCAGCUCGGAGCCCGCGUCACCGCCGCGUGGUGGGAGCCAGCUUGGGAGUGGUGCUGGACGGACCGGGGUCAGGGAGGACCCCGGCCUGCUGGAGCAAGAGAGGGAGCCCCGGGCAGGCAUACCAGGCAGGGCGCGCCUGCCUCUCGUCGGGACAUGGGAGUUCGAGUUGGAUGACGAGGAGUACCUGAGUUUCCUUGAGCUCUUCCUGAGCUACAUGCUAGAGAAGGAUAGUGUAGGGGGUGCACACUUGGACCCCCCCCUCCUGAGUAGCUACACGCCCCAGCUGUGGGAGAGUGAAUUGCACUCCCUGACAUUUGACAUGAUGACCACACUUCGGCGCCGUUGUGCCCGUGACAGGAAAGGGACUGCCGUGUUCCGGCCUGGUCGCUGCUAUCGGCUUGCUUCGUCUGGCCUGGGCCAGGGCCACAGCCAGUCCCUGGCACCUGGUACCAGCGUGGCCGGCUCGGAGCCACUCUUCCCUGGUCUUGGGGCAGGAAAGUCCCAGGGCUUGUUUGGCCUCCACCGUCAGGCCAAGAAUAGUUCUAAGUGCAGCAUCCAAGGGUCCCAGGUCAAUUCUGAGGCCCCCUGGCUGUUUGAGGUCCAGCCUGAUGCUGAUUUGGACCCUUGCGAAGACCCUGACCCGAGACUGGACGCUCAGUUUCCAAGUCUGAGCCGACUGCUAGAGUGGAUGAUGCGCUGGUCUGACAGGAAGGUGUUGCAUAUCCAUUCCUCCCCGAAGAGGACAGCUGCAGCCAUCGGAAAGGCCGGGGUGGUGUUUAUCAGGGCUAAGACAUCUGCCCCAGCUGUCCUCAGCACCCUGAAGCUCCUGACAAGCAGAUACAGCGCCGCCCUGCUGGGCAUACACUUCCAGGUUCCACUAACGGAGGCAACAGUCAGCCCAGUGCUGCUGCCAGAGAAGGUUUGGCGCAGUGAGGACACAGAGCGCUGUACCUUCUCUGGGAGCCCCCCUACGCCUUCUGCUCCAGAUCGUCUGCAAGGACGCCCUUUUGGCAUGUCUCUGAUAGAGGAGGCAGGGCCAGGGGCUGGCUCUGAAGAACAGAACCCUUCGUGCCGGUACCGUGAGAACAGUGUGACCUCUGACCUUAGCACGGCCGAGGAAGAUGACAGGAGUACGGAGGAGCCCUCUGAGUCGCUGGAGUCCCUCACUCGGCCUGACAUCUCUGUCCAGAUCAGGACUGUCCCCAGGACGCCAUCCCCCAAAGAUCAGACACUGACGCUGGCUGACCUGGACUAUGACACCCCCUCAAAGGAAGCGGCUUGUGGGUCUCCCGGAACAUCCUCUCAGGCUGAUGAGCUGGAGAGGUCAGAGAGUCCUGGGGCCUGUGGAGCAGAAUCAGAACCUGAGAGGACUGGGAAUGCGGAGGAGGAUGACUCACGGCUGGUUCUUGAACCCAGCAUGCCAGUGAACCCCAAGCUCCUCCCCCGGAGAAGCCCACAGCUGGAGCCUUGCUCGGAGAAUGUGGCCAGGGGGGGGCCCGCUACGGAGCCCCAGCACUCCGACAGCAUCACGCGGCUCCUGCAGGAUGAGCUUUUCAGGCUGGUACAGUUACAGCAGAUCAACUUCAUGGGUCUCAUGCAAAUUGUGGGAAUGUCAUUUACCAACCUGCCCCACCCUCAGGCCAAUCUGCCCAACCCUCAGGCCAAUCUGCCCAACCCUCAGGUCAAUCUGCCCCAGCCUCAACCUGAUCUGCCCCACCCUCAGCCCAUUCUGCCCCAGUUUCAGUCCAACCUGCCCCACUCUCAGACCAACCUGCCCCAGCCUCAACCUGGUCUGCCCCACCCUCAGCCCAUUCUGCCCCAGUUUCAGCCCAACCUGCCCCACUUACAGCCCAACCUGCCCCACCCUCAAGCCAGUCUGCCCCACUUACAGCCCAACCUACCCCACCCUCCGCCUGAUCUGCCCCAGCUUCAGUCCAACCUGCUCCACCCUCAGCCUGAUCUGCCCCACCCUCAGCCUGAUCUGCCCCACUUACAGCCUGAUCUGCCCCACUUACAGCCCAACCUACCCCACCCUCAGCCUGAUCUGCCCCACCCUCAGCCUAACCUGCCCCAGCUUCAGUCCAACCUACCCCUGUUUCAGCGUAACCUGCCCCACCCUCAGCCCACUCUGCCCCACUUACAGCCCAACCUGCCCCAGUCUCAUUUCACCCUUCCCCUUUUGCCCCAUCCUGUUUUGCCUGACUACAACCAAUCAAAGUUGCCCCAGCCCAGCCAGUCUGUUUUACCCCAGUUGCCUGCCCCUGUCCUCCAUCACAAUGUAUCCCCCAUCCAGCCCAACAUUCAGAUCCCAGCUAAGGGCGAAGGCUUUUCAGGCACAGCAGCCCUGCCCAGCAACUCUCAGGAAGCUGUGCAGGGCUCGCCACUGCUGGCUGUAGAUGCUAACUGGUCCCAGAUCAGUCAGAUGGGCCAGGAUGGUUUACUCCCUGCAUCCUCUGGGCUGCUCCGCUCGGUCACAAGCCAUGCCCCUGUAGGCAUCCCGCUGCUACUACCCCAGGACACACCUGAGCACACCCUACCCACAGUGCCCCCAGCUGGGCUCCCGCUGUUACAGCUGCAUUCCAAUAAGCGGCCAUUGCUGCAACCACAGCCUCCAUUGGUUUCCUCUUCUAGCCAGCCACCCCCUCCCUCGGUGAGAGAGGCAUGGGGACCGGCUCUGGGCGGUUACCUCCUGGUAGACCGGCCGCCCCCAGGUCAGGUGCCCUGGAGCUCUCCGCCUAGGCUCCGGCGUGUGGAACCCCACAGAUAUGAACAGUCCCCCGUGCUCCCCUUACUCCGCUUCCACGACGACGCUCGCCCCACAAUUGCCUGCCCCCCCGCUCCGUCCAGGUCCUUCCCUGGGUCGGGGAUUCGGCUGCUACGGUCAGAAUCCGAGCUCCAUGUUAGAGCAGAGCAUCCCCCACCGCUAGCGCUGCCAGCCCCUCGUCUCAUUCCCUUGGAGGAGCUAGCAGGAGGGCCUUUGUGGGGCAGCAGGCAGCUUCUCCUCCUGACCGCGGAGAGGCAGCCGCUCGCUGCUGAGGCGGCCCGCCACACGGCCCCGAUCUCCGCAAAGAGGCAGAGGAGGAGGGAGGAGAAGCGGAGAGAGAAGGGGGAUCCGGGCGUCACCUUCAAGCCAGAAGAACCAGCGACUCCAGCGGAGGUGUGCGCAGAGGGGGCCCAGCCCAGGGUGCUGAUCAAGCAGCCUUCAGAGCCCCUUCUCAUGCCGUGUGACCCUGUGCUGACAAACCAGCUUGUGGCAAAGGCUUGGUCCACUGCGGCUGAGCUGCAUGCCUUCGCCUGCACACAGAAGGCAGCCCCGGAAGUCCACGAUGCGUGUACCAGCACCGACCCAGCUUCUCCCAUCUCGCUUGCUGACAAAGCCGUUUCCGCCAAGUUUCCCGCAUCUCUGACUGCUGGUCCGGGAAUGGGUGAGCAGCAGCGGGAAGCUGCAGUUGUGCCCCCUGAUAUCUUCUUGGACCUGAGGUUCCCCCAGGACCAUCGUCCUCAUAGUCCUGAGACCCAGGAGGCCCCAGCACAGGCGGGGAAGAAGGUGGGCCGCGGAUUCAUCAAUGUCAUUGACCUGGAGGACGUGGCCUUAUUCCGGGAGCUGCCGCCCCGUCUGUCCCUUCACGCCCAGGACCGCCCUCGCUCGCCCCCACCCUCCAGCCAGCUCCAUCUCCUCGCUGCCUCUGUCACAAACUCCACCCCAGCAGAGCUGCCUGUCACAAACUCCCCAGCAGGGGCCCCGCUUCCUGACGGGCCUCCUGUGGGGCUGACUUUUCCAAGCACAGCCUCUCGGCCCGGGGAUGAUGCUGUGGUGCUCAAGCCGACCGCAGGACAAGAUGCUCAGGGGUCGGAUGCUCAGGGGUCAGAUGCUCUGGGGCAGGAUGCUCUUGGGCAGGAUGCUCUGGGGCAGGAAGCUCUGGGGCGGGGUCAGCCGGACCGGUGGGCGAUGUCCAGGAGGCAGGCGUGGAGCUGCCUGUCGGAGAUGGAUGCCCAGCUGAGUGCCUUGCAGAAGAUGGCCGACCACAUGGAGCGGGAGUUCGCCAGCAGCAGGAUGCUGGUGAGGACCAUAGACACACUGGGUCCACUCAGCCGUGAGCCCCCCAGCUCGGAGCCCCGCAGCAAGGUCGAUGUGAAGGUCGCAGAGGAAGCCUCCAGCGUGAGUCAGCCUCCGAGACACAUAGACCCAGAGGAUGAAGAGGCAGAGGAAGAGGAGAAGGAGGAUCAUCAAGGCUAUGGAGCUGAAUUUGAUGUCCCUGCACUGGUCACUGGUCCCCCAGACCCAAGGACACGCUUUUGCAGCUCUCCGCUGCCUGCUGCUGUGGACGGCGCCACCUUCCAGUCACUGCCCUCCCUGCAGGACUUGGGCACCAUGGCGACCGGCCCUGGACGGCGGCCAGAGGAGUCCCUAAACCUGUCGGGGCUCAGCGACGUGGGGGACAUCCUCGGGGAGCUGCUGCGGGACGGGGCCAUGUCGGCGACGAGCCUGGGUCUGUCGCACAUGCAGGCCGCCAAGCUGAGAAGGCAGGGGCUGCCGCAGGCAAGUCGGGCAGAGGAGGAGCAGCAGGAGGUACAGGCGUGGAUGAGGAGCAGACAGAGGGAGCGGUUGGCGGAGCACCGAAAACAAAGGGAGGAGCGAAUGGAGCAGGAGCGCAAACCCUUCAGAGGCACCACAACCCUGACGCCGACAUCCAGGGAUAUCACGCUCAGCAAGAAGGUCAAAGAAGAGAAGGACAGGGCAGCUCUGCUGCAGCACCACAGUCAGAGAGCUCAGGAGGCCUGCAACUUAAUGGCAGACCUACUCACUGCGUCGCAGGCCCUGCCCGUGUCCUCUCUGACUCCGCCCCCAAUGCAGAACAGCACUCAUAGCAGCACCAGGGUGGGGCUGCGAAACAGGAGUAAAUCCUCUGGGAGAGCAGGGAGGAGUCACAAGUCCCCAGCAGGGCUGCGCUCGCUCUCUUCCCCAGGCAGGGUGACUGAGGCUCAGGCCUCGCGGGCCAGCAGGCUGGGCCUGCACAGACCUGCCAAAGCCCUGCCUAGCGACCGCCUGUCCCAGUUUACACGACGGGGCAUGCUGACGCGCAUUCGAGACUGCACAGGCAUGGCGCAGGCUGAGGUCCGGGGCAGGACGCGGCGGGUUCCGCAGCCCCACAGUGUGCCGGGAACUGGAGGUGAGGACCGGUGCGGCAGCAGCCCCGAGGACACAGAGGACCGGGAUGUGGUGAGCCCCUGGGAGCCCGCCCCGGAGAUCCGGAGGCUCCUGGGUCUGGAGAGCCAGGACUGGGGACAGCGCCCGUGGACAGACUCGGCCCAGGCAGCCGGGAUGGAAGCCGGAUUGGAGCUGGACGGCGUGUCAGAGAGUACAGGAAGCAUCCUCAGUAAGCUGGACUGGGCUGCUGUGGAGAGCUUGCUGGCAGGAGAGGGGUCAGGCUGACCCUGUGUGUAGGGAGCCAGCCUGUGCUCUGCAUACUCAGUUGAUUUACCUUGGUUUUUAUGUGUUUAAUAAAUGUAAUUUUUAAGCCA